UAACGAAAAGGGCAAUGAGACUUGUAGUUUUUUCAGACGGUGUAGCAUGACAUUGUACACCCUUAUAGUGAAGCGCAAACGGCAAGUCCCGAACUACACAUCCUUUAAACCUGUUACGUAAUUUACCUAACUUAGCGAGCAAACGUUCCUUAGCUAACAGCUAUCGUCGUCAUUAGCUAUCUACCCUGUCAACACAUCAUCGUUGUACGGGGGAGUGGGGUGCUAAUGCUAUGGAUUGAUCGGGAUAACAGCAAAACAACCUGACAGUCGGAAGCAUUCACAUCUCUGCAAUCAUGUUUGGUCGAUCAAGGAGCUGGGUUGGAGGACAGGGGAAGUCUAAAAACAUUCACUCGUUGGACCAUUUGAAGUAUAUGUACCAUGUCCUGACAAAGAACACAACAGUGACAGACAGCAACAGGAACCUCUUGGUGGAGACCAUUCGAUCCAUCACUGAGAUUCUCAUAUGGGGAGACCAGAAUGACAGCUCUGUUUUCGACUUCUUCCUGGAGAAGAACAUGUUCGCUUUCUUCCUGAACAUCCUGCGUCAGAAGUCCGGGCGCUAUGUGUGCGUCCAGCUCCUGCAAACGCUCAACAUCCUGUUUGAAAACAUCAGCCAUGAGACUUCGCUCUAUUACCUCCUGUCUAACAACCAUGUCAACUCCAUCAUCGUCCACAAGUUUGACUUCUCUGACGAGGAGAUCAUGGCUUACUACAUCUCCUUUCUGAAAACCCUGUCCCUCAAGCUCAACAACCACACGGUCCACUUCUUCUACAAUGAGCACACUAAUGACUUUGCCCUGUACACCGAAGCCAUUAAGUUUUUCAACCACCCAGAGAGUAUGGUCCGCAUCGCAGUCCGCACCAUCACACUCAACGUCUACAAAGUCUCAUUGGACAACCAGCACAUGCUGCACUACAUCCGGGACAAGACGGCGGUGCCCUACUUCAGUAACCUGGUCUGGUUCAUCGGCAGCCACGUGAUCGAGCUGGACAAGUGUGUCCAGACAGACGAAGAACACAGGAACAGAGGGAGGCUGAGCGAUCUGGUGGCAGAGCACCUGGAUCACCUCCACUACCUCAACGACAUCCUCACCAUCAACUGUGAGUUCCUCAACGACGUCCUGACCGACCACCUGCUCAACCGCCUCUUCCUGCCGCUCUACGUCUACUCACUGGUUAGCCCCGGGACGUCAGACGACAGGAAGAUCAACCCCCAAGUGUCCCUCAACCUGCUCUCUCAGGUGUUCCUGAUCAUCCACUACCAGCCUCUGGUCCACUCCCUGGCAGAUGUCAUCCUCAACGGAGAUCUGUCAGUCUUCUCCUCACCGAGCGCACAGAACACACAAAAGAGCAUGAACAGCACAGGCGUGCGUCGCUUCACCAAACCCCCCGAGUCUCUGGAGCGCUCGCUGGAGAUGUCUCGCCACCGGGGACGCAAGCGAGCGCAGAAGCGCCCCAACUACAAGAACCUGGGCGAGGAGGAGGAGGAGGACAGGCCGGGGCCAGGAGAGGAGGGCUGGGAGGACGGCGGCGGCGGCGGGGAGCGCGAGAGGGAGAGGGAGAAGAGUAAAGGUAGUGAGGGCGGGUGCUCUAAGGGAGGCAGGACGAGUGGGGAGACAGAAGAGAUUGAGAUGGUAGUGAUGGACAAGUGUAAGCUGUCUGAGCUGACGGAGCAGAACAUCACUGAUGAGGAGAAGACGGCAGCUGCUGCCCGCACACAGAGGAGCAGGCCCUUCCUGGACAUGGUGUACAGUGCUCUAGACUGUACGACCGAUGACUACCACGCUCUGUUUGUCCUCUGCCUGCUCUACGCCGUGUCCCACAGCAAAGGUAUAAACCUGGACCUUCUGGAGAGGUUACAGUUGCCAGUGCCUGACCAGGAGAGAAGCUCCUACAGUCUGGUGUUGGUGGAGAGACUCAUACGAGUGAUGAACCAGGCCGCGCAGCCAGACGGCAAGGUGCGUCUGGCCACUCUAGAGCUGAGCUGUCUGCUGCUGAAGCAGUCGGUCCUGUCAGGUUCUCACUGCAUCAUCAAGGACGUUCACCUGGCCUGUCUGGAGGGUGCAAGAGAAGAGAGUCUGCAUCUCCUACGGCGUUUCUACAAGGGGGAGGAAAUCUUUCUGGACAUGUUUGAGGACGAGUACAGGAGCAUGACGAGUAAGCCCCUGAAUGUGGAGUACCUCAUGAUGGACGCCUCCGUCCUACUGCCCCCUACUGGGACCCCGCUGACUGGCAUCGACUUUGUCAAGAGGCUGCCCUGUGGGGACGUGGAGAAAACACGAAGGGCCAUUCGUGUGUUCUUCAUGCUGAGAGCGCUCUCUCUGCAGCUCCAAGGAGAACCCGAGACGCAGCUGCCCCUCACUCGCCCCGAAGACCUCAUCAAGACCGAUGACGUCCUGGACCUGAACAACAGUGACCUGAUCGCCUGCAUGGUGGUCAGUAAGGAGGGGGGUCAGGCCCAGCGCUUUCUGGCUGUGGACGUGUACCAGAUGAGCCUGGUGGAGCCGGAGACCAAGCGCCUGGGCUGGGGAGUGGUGAAGUUCGCUGGCUUGCUACAGGACAUGCAGGUGUCGGGCGUGGAGGAUGACAGUCGGGCGUUGAACAUCAUCAUCCACAAGCCCAGCUCCAACCCCCACGCCAAGCCCCUCCCCAUCCUGCAGGCCAACUUCAUCUUCGCCGACCACAUCCGCUGCAUCAUCGCCAAGCAGCGCCUCGCCAAGGGCCGCAUCCAGGCCCGCCGCAUGAAGAUGCAGAGGAUCGCAGCUCUGCUGGACCUGCCCGUGCAGCCCUCCGCGUCCGACGUCCUGGGGCUCGGCCACGCGGCCAACGCCGCCGGCCUCCCCUUCCGCUUCUACGACCAAUCGCGUCGAGCGCCCAACGACCCCACAGCACAGAGAUCGGUCUUCGCCUCCGUUGACAAAGUCCCAGGUUUUGCAGUGGCUCACUGCGUGUCCCAGCACAGCCCGUCUCCCCUGUCUUCCCCCUCCCCCCCAUCCAGUGGGAGUGGCAGCACAGGACGCUGUGAUUCUGUCACUGCCAGCACUAUAUCAGCCCAGAGCCCCACAGAUGAUGGGACAUUUCUGGAGCACACCCCGCCCUCCUCCUCCGGUGGGGAGGGUGAGGAGCUAAGCGGUUGUGCUGUCCCCGUCUCUCCCCCAGGCCCCUCCAUGGCGCUGGCGCCCAGCCUCACCCCUGCAGCCCAGCCCACCAUCUCCCUGCUCACGGACGCCCGCGCCGACCAGCUCAGCGUGGAGUCCCUCACCCUGCUUCCUCCCGCCGAGCCGUCCCACCUGCCGUCCUCACACGCUGCGCGUGCACUCCAGGGCCCUGGGGCUGCCAUCACUGAAGAGGAGGAGGAGGAGGAGGCGAGGGUAAAAGAGGAAGAGGAGGGGUUAGCAGUGGACACGGACCCCACCCUCAAAGAAGAGGCAACAGCGGAACAGGCCACGCCCACCGAGCCGGAGGACCAGGAUGCCGAGAUGGACACUCCCCCUGGAUCGGAUCUGCAGCCUGGGGAGGAAGAGGAGGAGGAGGACACGCCCCCUGAUUUUUCAGACACACACUCGCAGGAGGUUGACUAGUUAGCUAACAACACCUAAUCCUGUUUUGCUGACACACACACACACAGUGGCGCAAGAAGAGAUCUCGGCUCCGAAGUGAUGGACCUGCUUGGCUGUAGGUGUUGUCCUCGAGUGUUGUUGUGAUGAAUUCUGCAGCAUCAAUGUUUUCACACUGUAUUCGCACAUGAAGAAAGACUCUACUCACUACACCAUUCAUUACAGAGGGACAAUUCUGUGGAGCUGUGUUCAGCUGUGUUUAUGGGGGCGUGUGUGCGUGCAUACACAGGGGUCGAUUAAACUUGUAUUCAGUAGUCUUCAUUGGUCACUAGUCUUGUUUGUGCACACAGCCUAAAGUUGGAAUGCACUUUUAAAGGUUUGCUAUUUCAAUCCGCUCUGUUGAUCUAGAUGCAGUUCAUCCUUGACUCUUAUCACAUGACCUGAGGAUAUCACACUCAUUCAGCACACUUUCACUCGUUCUCUUGUUCAGUUCCUCUGUCCUUAGAGGUGACGUGGUCUGAAACUAUGUUUCAGACUGCCAAGACACAAACCCAGUCAGCUAAACUAGCCUCCCUACUUGGACUACACCCUGUCCCUGGCCACUGCUUUGAUGCGUAGCACUUACUGCCAAUCUCUGUGUGGGUGUGGUGUGGUGUGUGCACGUGUGUGUUCUUGUUGGGAACCGAUUAUGAUCUAAAUAGUGAUCAUUCAUCUCAUUACCAAGGAGUAUGUGUCCUGGUAGCUCUGUACAAACACCAGUCCCGCACCUGGGAGUAUUCUUACUUGGCUGCGUGUGUGACUGUGGAGGGGUGUUUCUGCUGCAGUUGGGGUGUUUCUGCUGCAGUUGGGGUGUUUCUGCUGCAGAUGGGGUGUUUCUGCUUGAUGACAUCCACCAGCUUUUGGACGUUGCUCACAUCGGCCACGUUUCUCUUUCUCACACAACACAACGGACCUGAAUGUAUUCCACUGGUUCAGAUCCAGGAUCUGAUUGCCUACUGCCCAUCUUAACUCUAAUCUGAUAGGGGCCAGGAUGGAGAUGGUCUGGGAUCAGCCUCCAGCCUGUCUAAUGAAGCUUUACUACUGCAAUAAUCUAAAGAGCUAACCCAUGGGGAGAGAGCUGAUUGUAAUGGACAGAACAUCUCUCCAAUCAGAGUGUAGUUACUGGAGGAUGACACGUUUUCUGUUUCUGAUGGUGAAAAUGCGGAUUAUGAGGAUGUUGGUGUAAAGAGCCCUUUUAGAGUUAAGCACACACAGAUAUCGGUGAUAUAUCGGAUCCCCUCUUUCUCCCCUUCUUGCUUUCUCUUGGCCUGUCCUGUUCCGCUUUUUUUUCCCUUUAACUUCUCUUCCUCCCUCGGUACCCCUGUUGGGUUUGUACAGAUGAUCAGGACACCAUCCUUAAACUGGAUCUUGGUUUGGAUAUUCCAUACAGCAGUGAAGUGUCAGGAAAGCAAUACUCCUCUAAUCAUGUCGUAUUUGUUAGGCUUGCUUUCUUUCUUUCUUUUUUAUUUAUCUAGUCAGCAUUCCCAACCUUGCUUUCCUUGUAAAUAUUUGCCCCGAUGUUAAGACUAAUGCUAUUAAAGAGGACUUAGUGCAGUGUUUUCUGGAUGUUUCUACGCUCUGUAAAUGCCAUCCGCUUUUAAACUUGUAAUUAUACUAAAAUACGAACAGAGAGAUAAUUAAAGAUCUGCAAUAAAUUAUUCUACUUAUGA